AUGAGUUCUCCCAAGCGACGCAUCGAAUCGGAUGUGAUGAAGCUACUGAUGAGCGACUACGAAGUGAAUUUAGUGAACGACAACAUGCAAGAGUUCUACGUAACUUUCCACGGUCCGAAGGAAUCCCCUUACGAAGGAGGAGUUUGGAAGAUACAUGUGGAGCUUCCUGAUCAAUACCCAUAUAAAUCACCCAGUAUCGGGUUCCAAAACAAAAUAUUCCACCCAAAUAUCGACGAGGUCAGUGGCAGUGUCUGCUUGGAUGUAAUCAACCAGACAUGGAGCCCUAUGUUCGAUAUCUUCAAUAUUUUUGAGACAUUCUUGCCACAACUGCUGCAUUACCCAAACGCUAGUGAUCCAUUGAAUGGCGACGCCUCUGCCUUGUACCUAAAAAGUGAAAAGACUUACACAGAGAAAGUUAAAGAAUACGUCAAGAAGUACGCCAGCGCAGAGCAGUUCCAAAACGGCCACGCAAACGGCAACGGUUCGGACGAAGACGAGGACGAAGACGAAGACCUGAGCAGUGUAGGGAGUCUCAGUGACGAGGAUGACGACGAUGACAUUGCGGGUACAAUGGAUGGUCUCUAA